AGACGCAGCUUUCCCCAUUCGAGCUCUGUCGUCGUUGGGUAUUGUGAAUGAUAGGUGUACCAGCCGUCUCCUCUAUCGAACCCCUCGAAAGAACAAAUCAUGUCUCUUCUGAGUCGGCUAUUCGGGGGUGGGAAAUCUUCAGCGGCGAAGUCCAUGUCGCCCGCCGACGCGAUUCAGAGGCUGCGCGAAGUUGAGGAGAUGCUCGAAAAGAAACAGCAGUUCCUCGAGAAGAAAAUGGAAGCCGAACUUGAAACCGCGAAGAAGAAUGGCACGAAAAACAAACGAGUGGCUCUUGCUGCUCUAAAACGCAAGAAACGAUAUGAACAACAGCUGAAGCAGAUCGACGGGACCCUCACAACGAUAGAAUUCCAACGUGAAGCUUUGGAAAAUGCAAAUACCAACACUUCGGUCCUCCAAGUUAUGGGAGACGCCGCGAAAGCCCUCAAAAAGGCCCAUGCAGACAUGGAUGUCGAUCAAGUUCACGAACUCAUGGAUGACGUUCAGGAGCAGCAGGAGAUUGCCAAUGAAAUUUCGGAAGCCAUUUCGAACCCGGCAGGUUUCGGUACCGAAGUUGACGAAGACGAACUUCUCGAAGAACUCGAACAAUUGGAACAGGAAGAAAUCCAAGCGAAACUGUUGGACGUGCCGUCCGAGCCCACGCCAGUCGUUACGGACGAACUCCCAUCGGUACCUUCUGAAAAACCAGUGGCCGCCAAGAAGAAAACCGAAGAGGACGACGAGCUUGCAGAUCUUGCCCAGUGGGCUUCGUAGAAGUGUCGUUGUACAAAUGCUUAGGAAGUGGUUGAGGAAUAACAUGAAUCAGUGCGUAUUCACUACAGAAUACUUUGCUAGCUUGUCGAUGAUGAUAUGUAAAUAUCUUGGAAUCGCCCGCACUGCGACAAAGUGUUACGCUCUCUUUAAUAAUUAUUGAAAUGAAUGGAUAAUAUUGCGAGGAAAAAC